AUGGAAAAUUCCCAGUUUUCUGCAUCCUAUUUCGAUGUCGUGUUUUAUCCAGGCAACAAUACGGUUUAUUUUGAUAUAAACGCAAUGUCUGCAAUCGACAAUAAAACAGUUGCUGUCAAUGUCAAUUUGAUUGCUUAUGGAUUAAACGUUUUGCAGGUCAAUCAAUCAUUAUGUGCAAUCAACUAUGAGCUCGAUAGUAACUCGAAAAAUAACCCGCUUUGCCCAUUAACCUCAGGGCAUUUGAAUUUAAACUCACAUUAUCCGGUUGAAUCCUCGGUAACUGAUCUGAUACCAGGGAUCGCUUAUACUAUUCCUGAUUUGGAUGCUAGAGUUCGAGUUAUUGUGUUUGAUACGGAAGACUUUACCCAGUUAGCUUGUGUCGAAGCAACUUUAUCAAACGGUAAAACUGUCCAAACUAAAUAUGCUGCAUGGCCAAUAGCUGCGAUAUCAGGUUUAGGUGUCAUCACUUCGGGAAUCGUUUCGAUUAUUGGACAUUCGAGUACAGCCGCACAUAUCGCCUCUAAUUCAAUGUCCUUGUUCAUAUACUUUCAGUCUUUGGCUAUUACAUCAAUGAUGGGUGUUGCUAGAGUACCACCUAUUGCAGCCGCAUGGGCCCAAAAUUUCAUGUGGUCAAUGGGAUUAGUCAAAGUUGGUUUUGUUCAAGAUAUUGCAAAUUGGUAUGUACAGUCAACAGGUGGUUCUCCAACCGAUAUCAUCAAAUCUUCAUAUUUGUCUGUUUCAGUGCAAAAGAAAUUUGUCAAGAGAGCAAUAAGUAACUUGUUUGAACAAGCUAUUACAGGAACGCAACAUCGAGUAGUGAAAAGAGCAGAUAUUCAAUUAGAUUCAGACAACUUUGGAACUUCAGAUAGUUUGGAUCCCGAUUUAUAUUCGACUAAUGAAAAAGCUAGUGAUUUAGCCGGUAAAAUAUUGGUGCUUAGAGGUAUACAAAGAGUGGCAUAUUUAUUGGGAAUUGAAAUCACCAGCUUGUUCAUGACCGGUAUUUGCUUCUUAUUCUUUUUCGCUUUUGUUAUGAUUGUUUGCCUUACUUUAUUCAAAGCAUUGAUUGAGAUACUCAUUACAUCCAAAAUGAUGAAUGAAGGGAAAUUUAAUGAAUAUAGACAACAAUGGAAUGGAGUCAUCAAGGGCUCAAUAUACCGUUUGUUAGUGAUUUCAUUACCACAGGUCAGUUUGUUAUGUAUAUGGGAGUUGACGACUCGAGACUCGGCAGGUACCGUUGUUGUUGCAGUAUUCCUUUUGAUAUUGGUUUGUUUGUUGCUAUUACAAGCCGCAGUUCGAGUAUAUCUUAUGGGAAGAAGAUCAGUCAGCAAUUUCAAAAACCCAGCAUAUUUAUUAUUUGGAGAAGCUCGGUUUUUGAAUAGGUUUGGUUUCCUUUAUGUUCAGUUUAGAGCAGAUUGUUAUUGGUUUAUUUUGGUGUCAUUGGCUUAUAUUUUCCUCAAGUCAUUGUUUGUUGCAGUACUUCAAACCCAUGGAAAACCUCAAUCGCUUAUUGUUUGGAUUAUUGAAUUGAUUUAUAUGGUUGUGUUAUGCUGGAUUCGUCCGUUUAUGGAUAAGAGAACAAAUGCGUUUAAUAUUGUUAUCAGUGUUAUCAAUUUCAUUAAUGCGUUAUUUUUUGUGUUUUUCUCAAUGGUGUUUGGCCAACCAAGUGUUGUUUCAUCAGUCAUGGCUGUUGUUUUUUUCAUUUUAAAUGCAGUUUUGGCAUUGUUUUUGUUAUUGUUCACAAUUAUAACUUGUGUUUUAGCAUUGGUUUAUAAGAAUCCAGAUACUAGAUACCAACCAAUGAAGGAUGACAGAGUUUCAUUCUUGCCAAAAUCCACCAAUAAUAAGAAUGGUGGUGCAGGUGGUGCAGGUUACGAUGAUGAAAUGGAAUUAAUGGCAUUGGGAGAAAUAGCAAUGAAGGGUCAUGAGCACGGAAAGAGUAACGUGAAAGAAGGAAACAAUAUAUACGAUGAUGAUGAAGAUGGAUCGUAUGAUGAAGAUUCAGUUUACCAAAAAACAAAAAACCUAAGUGGACCUAUAGUUUCUACAACUUCAGGUUCGGCAUCAAAUUACGAACAGUAUUCUAAAAGAGAUUCAUUGGAUUAUAUGGAGCCAACACAGCCUGGUUCUACAAUAGUUGGAAAUCCAUAUAACGCACUUCCUACAAAUAGUUCAUCUAGCACAAGUGGUGGAUUUAGUUUUGGUAAAACUGGUGCUUAUCAGGGAAGUACAUCGAGUCCACAAAAUCCAUAUUUUCAACCACAACAGCAGCAGCAGCAUCAAAGGAAUACUGGCAGUAGAGUAAAUUUCAGAUAA